UGGCAACCUUCGGGUGCCAGUAUCAACAAGGUCAAUCAAUGGUCAAUUGCAGGUUGCCAAAUGUAAAUCGCCCAGGUGUGAAACGGUCAAAAACCCUUUCCGAUUCAUUUUACUGCGUUACAACCCAAUUGUAAAAUACUUAACUUGCUCUCAUCUGUCUUAGGUCUUUUUUUUUUUCAAUCAUUAUAGGAUUUUGAUCGAAAAUUAUAAAGCGGUACGCGGCUUUGUAACUGAUCAUUUCUGAAAAUUUUCAAUAAGCAUAGCAAUGAUUCUUCUUAUUUAGAACCGAUUUACAAGUGAUAAGCAAGAGUUUUAACUUACCUUGUAUAUGACCUGCGAAUGAGAACAGUGAUGAUGAAAGGUCUUAUAAACUCUGAUAUUUUCAAAAUAUCUUGAACACAACCCGUUUUAUCACGGACACGUGAUUCAUAUCCCGACCCCCCACCCGUCUCCACUCAGAAGAAAUGUACCUGCCCCACAACCUGUUGUAUUCAUCUUUUCAGUCUUGACUCAUAUUUCUUUCUGUACGUACAAUGUAGCUGAUAUUUAGAUCUUAAAAAAUCGUAAUAUGUAAUGAGGAAGUCACAACAGCCCUAGAUGGUUUUCCUCUUUUCAGAAUAAGUCGAAUUCGAGUUUGGAAAUGUAUUAGUUUUUCAGGAGAGAGGAAAACCGUAGAUUCCUCGGAGCAAGGAAAGAACCAACAACAAAAUCGACCUGCACAAGGCACUAGGCCCGUUACCGUGGAAGCGGGGUAUGUAUUUCACUACAUCCCUCCCCCUCCCAGUGUUAACCUAACAUGAUACCUAGAACUAAAGGUUUGCGUUGAGACAAUUCUCAAACCGUAGACCAGUAUAGUUUGAAAGCCUUUGCGGAUAUUCGACCCCUUCUAACUCUCUAAUUAAAAUAUCCUGAUCGGUAGAUGCUUACCCGCUCGCGCAAAACUAGGCACAAACUUAUUCAAAUCUCGGCCCAGUCUUCGGGCUAAAAGCGGAAAAUAGAACGCCUGCUAAGAAGUGCAAGCGGCAGCAGAACCUACAUAGCCAUGAGGUUUUUCUCAAAUGUAUGGGCAACAUAUCAAAGAUAUCUCUCCACUCAUCCUUGGAGAACUCAAACAAUGACUACAGCUAUGAUGUUUACAACAAGUGAUAUUUUUACCCAGCAAUUAGUUGAAAAGAAAGGAUCAAAUCACAAUGGGAGAAGAACGUUACGUAUGUGCAUGAUGGGGAUAAUAAUCGGACCUAUUCAAAGGACCUGGUUUCUGACCCUAGAGCGGUUCAUCCCACCUACAUCCAAGAUACAGAUCGUCAAGAAAUUGAUAGUAGACCAGACUGUCUAUGGGCCUUUCAUAAUAUUUUUCUUUUAUAGCCUAUCAAGCACAUUAGCUGGAAAAAAUCUUGAUGACUUAAAGCUGUUACUACAAGAAAGAUACCUUAAGACUAUUUUUACAGCUUACAAAGUCUGGCCAUUUGUACAGGCAGUCAACUUUAGCUUUGUCCCCCUUCAGCACCGUGCAAAUUUUGUACAAGUGGUGUCUCUGUGCUGGAAUAUGUACCUGUCUUGGAUGGCAAACAAACCUGUCACAAGUGCGACUACAGUUUAUGAGAGUUCAGGAGAAAUGAUCCCAAAUUUGCCUUCAGACCAGAAAAAUCAAGAAAUUACUGCCAUCAUAAAAUGAUAAAAAAUUUGAAUUUGUAUACUGUAAUCAUUAUGGAACUGGACAUGACAAAAAUAAUAUUCAUAAUACUUAUACAUAGUUUUUGUAAUUUCCAGUUACUAGUUUAUAUUCAUUGUGAACCAUCUACAUGUAUAUAGAAUGAACUUAGAAAUCCUGGGGGGACUCCCAUUUAAGAGACGAGGUGCUCAUCUG